AAUGGUAUCGAUUCCCUUACCCAUUCAAGAAGCCACGACAGGAACUCCAGAAUCGUGCAGCUGUCUUCGCUCAGAUCAAUCUUGGAAUUUUUUAGAUCUAUGGCAGCGAGAGAAGCGAUGAAGAUCAACGGUGAUCAGGAGGGGUAGAGGAUUAGGGUUUGCUUUUUCUUUGUAUAAAUAGGGAUUGUAAUCUGAGUUUUAGGGGAGGAGUUUUGAGAGAGAGCCGAUAGUAUAAAUGGGGGAUCAUAAUCUGAGUUUUAGGCAUCAUAAUCUCUUUUGUUCCCGUGCCCUUUUCCCUUUCUCCAAAUUUCUUCCAAACAGCACUUAACUUUCACCAAAUUUGAGGGAUGAAGGAGACAUUCUGAAUCCCUUCUCCUCUCCUCAUCCCAGCCAUUCUUCUCCUUCAUCUUCAUUACUAAAUCCUAAUUUUAAUCUUUCUCUGGCUCCUUUUUCAACUUCGCGAACUACACUUGCAUAGAACAUAUCAAUUGAGAACGCCAAUCACAAUCAAAUCAUAUCAAUUGACAUGGAGGUGUUGACUUGGCUGCAUUCUAUGUUAACUUCCUCCAUGAUUAACUCGGCUGCAUUCUCACCACUGAACACAUCCAUUGGCACGAUUUGUUCCUCCGACUAACCAUAUCCUCUCUUCUUGGCAGCCCUCUCAUCACCCUUUCCUUCACCAUUUUCAAGUUCCUUGUAGGCCACAUUUUAACACUCUAUAUCAUCAUUCCAUGCUUAUUAUGUGUUAAAUACCUACAAUGCCCAAAGAUUCCCUUCGCAAUUCCAAGGAAAAAGAAUAUGAUGUUUCAUUCAUUCUGAAUGACAAGUCAGAAAUAAACUUUUAAUACAAUAUAAGAUAACAUUGAAGUUAAUCGGCCCAUACUGCUCAUAUGAAAAAUGCAUUCAUAUGAGCAGUAAGGGCCAAUCAACUUCAGUAUUAUUUUAUAUUAUAUUACAAGUUUAUUUCUGACUUGUCAUUCAUAAUGGAUAAAAUAUUGUAUUCUUUUCCCUUGAAAUUGAACAAAUCCGAAGAAACGAUGGGGAAUCUUUGGGUAUUGUAGGUAGUUAGCACAUAAUAAGCAAUGGGAAUGAUGACAUAGAGUGUUAAAAUGUGGCCUACAAGGAUGUUGACAAUGGUGAAGGAAGGGGUGAUGAGAGGGUUGCCAAGGAAAGAGGAUAUAUAUGGUUGACCAGUCUAGAAAAAAGGAUCCAAGGCCAAGUCCGUUCAUGCCUGAUCCAAUCUGAUGGGCAGUUACUGACUUGGGGAAUGCCCAGCAGACCCAAGAAAUGGAUGUCAGAAUUUCGAAGAGGUAUCCGGGGAAGGCAUACCAAGCAAAGCUGCAGAUGAGUGCAGUCAAGAAGAAUUUCCCUCGGGACUUCCUACGGUUAUCUUUCUCAUGCAAUGCAUUGUAGAAGUGUUUAUGUAAUUGUAACCAAUUGACAGAACAUGAACAUGAAUUCCAUCUCCUCCUAGUAUGAACAUACUAUUAUUGUUGCAAUUAUUAAAUCAAAAGAAUUUAU